AUGUGGUUCCAACAGGAUGGAGCAACGGCACACACUGCGCGAGCCACAACCGAUAUUCUGAAGACGGCGUUCCCGGGUCGCCUCAUCUCUCGUUUUGGCGAUUUGCACUGGCCCGCAAGAUCGCCCGAUUUAACCGUUCCAGACUUUUUUUUGUGGGGUUUUUUGAAGUCCCGUGUUUACGUGAACAAGCCCGAGACCCUGGAAGCCCUCAAGGACAAUAUUAGACACGAGUGCAAGAAUCUGUCGCCCGAAGUUCUCGCCGAAGUGAUGAAAAAUGCCAUAAAACGAGCCCGUAUAGCAAUCAAUUGUGGCGGCGCCCAUUUGGCCGAUAUCAUCUUUUCGACUUGA